ACAAAAGGGGCGCUAGCUAUCCCACCAAAACAUGUAUCCUGCAGUGGAAACCAUGCCGGAAAAUCAUCCGAUUCCGACGGCCCCCGGACAUCCUGGUCCGGUCUCCGCUUCGGGAAUUCCCAACAUUCAACCUCAUCUUCAUCAUCAACAUCGGUAUAUCUCUCGAAUCCCCUCGAAUUCUGUACAGGGACAGUGGAGUUCCGAUCUUUGUCAUUGCUUCGACGAUCCUGUAAAUUGUGCGAUUACUUGUGUAUGUCCUUGCAUCACUUUCGGACAGAUAACCGAGAUCAUUAACCGCGGAUCCAAAUCUUGUGUUUCAAGGGGGUUGAUGUUUGGGAUGCUGGGCAUGGUGGGGUGUGCAUGUUUCUAUUCAUGUUUCUAUAGGUCAAAGCUAAGGGGACAAUACGAUUUGCCUGAGGAGCCUUGUACCGACUGCCUGGUCCACUCCUGCUGUGCCUCUUGUGCCCUCUGCCAAGAGUAUAGAGAGCUCAAGAGCCGUGGCUUCGACAUGGGCAUCGGUUGGGAAGCCAACAUGGACAGACAAAAGAGAGGAGUGACAAUGGCUCCAAUUGUGGUUCCCGGGAUGGCGAGAUAACCCCACGAUGUUCUGUAAUUCUCUCGUUGAUUGCUGCAUAUGUAUAUAUGCUUUGUGUGAGCUUUGUUUAGGUAUUAAAAUAGUCCCAAACUGAUAGUGUUGGUACUAAACGUGU